AUGACGACGAGCACGUUGCUCACCUCGACGGACUUCUCUCGCCUGGAUGAUUCCAAUUUGGACUUUUACGACGAGGUGACGACGACCCGAAAGUCCAGCUCCAGAACCUAUCCGUUAUGCACCGAGUUGUUCUGUGGUCGGUCUCAAUUGAAACAAACGAAAUGGCAUAAAGCGCGCGCGCACACUUGCAGACUUGUACUUCUCGCCGAAAAAGAUCAUAUCGUUGGGAAUGAUGGUGGGACGGGUGGCGAUCGCGUUGCUCAUAAUGCUUUUGGGGCUCAAAAUGGAGAAGGACUACAUGCGCAGCAUCACCAACACGAUCUUCAUUCCGAUCGCCGUCUCGGAGCUGUUCACGAUCUACAUCGAACUCGCCUACUUCCAGGACAUGUUCACGCAGUCGCCCACGCAAUCCAAAGACUUCCGCGCGUUCGUUUUACAUUCUUUUUGCUGUUUUUGAAUGGGCAUGAAGUGAUAGUCGGUUUUGAUUAGUUACUGAUCGACUGUCGACUACUAAUCGCAUUUCAUUUUCCAGAACGUACAUAGACUGGACGUCGGACUUUGUGGGCAUAAUCAAUGAUUACGUGUCUGUGAACACCCUCGUCCUCCUGCCGCUUCUCUUGUAUUGCGGACGGAUUGCCACGUUGCCAGGCGAUCGAAUCAACGCGUUUCCCACAAAGUAAGUAAACGAGACGCUAGAAUUGUUGGGUGCCGAAAGAUCAGAGCGUCAGAGUUCGCGAGAUUGGAUUCAUUUCAUCGAACAACAUUCUAGAUGGCAAAAUUGGAAUGCCAUAGACACUUUCGGUUUUAAUGGAUGGUCUUAAUGGAGUAGUCGAGCACACACUUACUUUGCGAACCACUUGAAACACAAGUUUUUGUUCGGAACUGUUUCUGGCCCGAUGCAAAGUUUAUGAAAACAAGUGACAACGAUGGAGAAAUGAUAUUUUUCCAAAUCUCAACAUGAAAAAUGAAAAAUAAUUCUAACACAGUUGAAACGGAACUUACCACCUUUUCAAUACAUUUUCCACUUUCAGCAUGAUCUGUCUGAUAAUGCAAAUCAUUCCGUUCUUUAUUUGCAUCCUCAACUACAUCGAAUCCCUAAACGGAGCGAUCGUGCUCAAAGUCCUGGCGGCCACGUCGCGAGUCGUCACUCUUCUCUGCUUCUCCGCCAUUCUCGUGCAGAUUUUCAUUGUAAAUUCCAAAAUUGAACCUUUUGAACCUUCAAAACCAUCAUUUGCAGUCGAUCGUGGUGGUGAUGCGAGAGCUACCGGAUGAGGCGGCCACCUCCGUCGACAUGCAGAUCCGAGACGCCCGCAGUCGGCUGGCAUGGACCCUCGCCUACAUUAUCAUUCCGUUUCUGACCAUGAUUCCGUUUGUGAUCGAGGCCAUCUUCUACAUCUUUCAAAUCAACGGACCCGCGAACAGCGCAAGCAGAGUUGUGAGUUAUCGGUUUUCAGUUUCAUCAAAGUGCUGAAAUGAAAGAAUUCGGUGCUUUCCAGGUCAAACUAAUCUGUGACAUCCUGAUCAUAAUGGUCAACUUCUACCGUCCGACGUGGAUGGUCAUCAUCACGAUGAUCUUUCUGCCGCCGUACCGUCGUGCCGUGCCGCUCCUCUUCUGUUGCUGUUCGUGCUGCCCGAAAGUGAACGUCGAACCAUUGCCACGAAAAGAAAACGAGUCCAGUCUUAUGUACCGAUACGCCGAUCUGUGA